AGGAAACCUGAGCAAACUGAAGGUAUUUUGUCCCCAGCUCGCAGUGGGCGGCUGGGCUAUAAAAGCCUGCGCUGAGUGCCGGACACCCUGCUCUGCUGACCUGGAGACCCCGCCGUCCAGCAUGAAGACUCUCCUCCUUGUGGCGUUGCUCGGAUAUCUUGCCACCGCGCUCUCGGCCCCUGCUGAGAAGGUGAAAUGGUGCGUCAAGUCGGACCAAGAGUUCCAGAAAUGUACGGACCUCGUAGCCAAAGCGCCUGGGUUUUCCUGCGUGAAAAAAGAAAACACCAUCGAUUGCAUCGUUGCAAUUAAGGCUGGUGAAGCAGAUGCUAUCACUUUGGAUGGAGGGGACAUCUACACUGCUGGACUGAACAACUACGACCUGCAUCCCAUCAUUGCUGAGGACUACGGCACCUCUUCAGACACCUGUUACUAUGCUGUUGCUGUGGUGAAGAAGGGCACAGGAUUUGGCAUUAGAAGCCUCCAGGGGAAGAAAUCCUGCCACACUGGAUUGGGGAAAUCUGCAGGCUGGAACAUUCCCAUAGGAACUCUGCUGUCCAUGAAUUUGAUUCAGUGGACUGGCAUUGAGGACAGCCCUGUGGAAGAGGCGGUGAAAAACUACUUCCAGGCCAGCUGUGCUCCGGGGGCAGCAAGGGGCAGCAAACUGUGUGAGCUGUGCCGGGGUGAUUGCUCCAGGUCCCACAAGGAGCCUUACUAUGACUACGCAGGAGCUUUCCAGUGUCUGGCGGACGACGCUGGAGAAGUGGCUUUUGUGAAGCAUCUCACUGUACCUGAUGCCGAAAAGUCCAAGUACGAGCUGCUGUGCAAAGAUGACACCAGAGCACCUAUCGACGAUUAUAGAAACUGCCACCUGGCCAAAGUACCAGCUCAUGCUGUUGUCACUCGCAAGGAUCCACAGCUGGCCGAAUUAAUCUGGACAAACCUCAACUCAGUACAGGACUUUAACCUCUUCUCCUCUGAAGCCUAUGGACCUGCCAAAAACCUGAUGUUCAAGGACUCAACAGUGAAGCUGGUGAAGCUGCCCCCCAACACAGAUUCCUUCCUGUAUUUGGGUGCUGAAUACAUGAGCACUGUCCGUUCCCUUAAGAGAGAGCAGGCCCCAGCUGCUACAUCCACUGCCAUUAAAUGGUGUGCUGUGGGCCAUGCUGAGACAGCCAAGUGUGACAUGUGGAGCAUCAACAGCAUAGAUGGUGACGUCACCAACAUUGAAUGCCAGAAUGCCCCCACAGUUGAUGAGUGCCUGAAGAAGAUUAUGCGUAAAGAGGCUGACGCAAUAGCAGUGGACGGAGGACAGGUGUUCACAGCUGGGAAGUGUGGUCUAGUUCCUGCAAUGGUGGAGCAGUAUGACGAAACGCGGUGUGGCGUCUCCGGAGCCUUCGCCUCUUCUUACUAUGCUGUUGCUGUGGUAAAGAAGGGUUCAGGGGUGACCUGGGAGAACCUGAGGGGGAAGAGGUCUUGCCACACAGGCAUCGGCAGAACUGCUGGCUGGAACAUCCCCAUGGGCCACAUCCACAAAAUUACUAAUGACUGUGACUUCACUAAGUUCUUCAGCAGUGGCUGUGCCCCGGGAGCAGACCCCUCCUCUCCAUUCUGUACUCAGUGUGCUGGCAGUGGCAAAGCUGUGGGAGACGAGUCCAAGUGCAAAGCCAGUGCUGAUGAGCAGUACUAUGGCUACGCAGGAGCCUUUAGAUGUCUCGUUGAGGGUGCAGGCGAUGUUGCCUUCAUCAAACACACCAUCGUUGAAGAAAACAGCAAUGGCAACGGUCCAUCGUGGGCUAGUAAUGUGAAUUCUGCUGACUAUGAGCUGAUCUGCCCUAACAAGAGUCCAGUGCCAAUCAAUGAGUAUGUUUCUUGCCACCUGGCUGUCGUACCUGCACACGCUGUGGUAACUCGUCCGGAGAGCCGCGCUGAGGUGGCCCGCAUUCUGCAGGACCAGCAGGCCAAGUUUGGUCCCAGUGGCAGUGAUAACACAUUCAGACUCUUCCAGUCAGAAUCAGGAAAGAAUCUCCUCUUCAAGGACUCCACUAAGUGUCUCCAGGAGGUUCCAGCUGGAUCAUCCUAUGAACAGUUUUUGGGAGCAGAGUACAUCAAUGCCAUGACUUCGCUCAGGCAGUGCAGUGCAAACACCCCAGAUCUGGAGAAAUCUUGCACUUUCCAUUCCUGCCAGCAAAAAAACUAGUGGCACACACGGACCAUGCGGUGCCUCACCUGGCCCUCAGUGAUUCGAGCACCUUACUCACACUUCACUCACUUGAUCCAAAAAUUGCCUUUUGUAUUUCCCUACUGAUCUCAUGUAUCUCAUCCUGUUUUUAGAAGCGCAACCAACAAAUAGAUACAUAUCAUGACCACAACGUACAAAUUAACUAUUCUAUCACCAAUCAUAUCCUAUUGCAACUAUUUUGCUGUUGCAACAUGAUGUUACAUUACCUAUGUUAUCAGAUUAAUGUUCCGUUUUGUUAACAAGUGUCUGAUUUUUACCCAAAUAAAGCCUUUUUAAUGCUC